AUGGGAUGUACUUUGAGCGCAGAUGAGAGGGAGGCUCGUGAUCGGAGCAAAGCCAUCGAGAAGAACCUCAAAGAAGACGGUCUCACCGCGGCCAAGGAUGUCAAGCUGUUGCUGCUCGGGGCUGGAGAGUCAGGGAAAAGCACCAUUGUGAAACAGAUGAAGAUCAUUCACGAAGACGGCUUCUCUGGAGAUGAUGUAAAGCAGUACAAGCCUGUUGUUUACAGCAACACCAUCCAAUCUCUGGCUGCGAUUGUCCGUGCGAUGGAUACUCUGGGCCUUGAGUAUGGAGACAAAGAGAGGAAGACAGACGUGCGGCGGAUUUUCUUUUGUUCUUGUACAGAAGAAUACAAAGGGGUUGUGUGGGACGAGCUGCUCUCCUCUAUGAUGCGUCUCUGGGCCGACUCGGGCAUCCAGGAAUGCUUCAGUCGGGCUAGGGAGUACCAGCUCAAUGAUUCAGCGCAAUACUAUUUAGACAGCCUAGAUCGGAUUGGCGCUGCUGACUACCAGCCAACAGAGCAGGACAUUCUAAGGACUCGGGUGAAGACGACAGGCAUUGUGGAGACACACUUUACCUUUAAAAACCUUCACUUCAGGCUGUUUGAUGUCGGAGGACAGAGGUCAGAGAGGAAGAAGUGGAUCCAUUGUUUUGAGGACGUCACUGCUAUCAUUUUCUGUGUCGCACUAAGUGGAUACGACCAAGUGUUGCACGAGGACGAGACCACGAAUCGCAUGCAUGAGUCUCUGAUGCUUUUUGACUCAAUCUGCAACAACAAAUUCUUCAUCGACACUUCCAUCAUCCUCUUCCUCAACAAGAAAGAUUUGUUUGCAGAAAAGAUCAAGAAGUCAGCGCUCAGCAUCUGUUUCCCUGAAUACACAGGACCAAACACCUAUGAAGAUGCAGCAGCUUACAUCCAAGCACAGUUUGAGAGCAAAAAUCGCUCCCCAAAUAAAGAAAUCUACUGUCAUAUGACCUGCGCAACAGAUACAGGGAACAUCCAGGUGGUGUUUGAUGCCGUGACCGAUAUCAUUAUCGCCAACAACCUCCGAGGAUGUGGCUUGUACUAA